AUGCAUCUGGAUCAUAUGAAAAUUCGCGUAUAUGAAACUACAUGCCCUCCACGGCCUGGUGCAGAUGCCAUCGAGCCCAUUCAGGAGGGGGUUCUGACCAUCAGACCCGUAUUUGAAUCCAGUGCUUCAUCUUUCGGAGCAGAGAUAUAUGGUGUUGAUUGGAGCAAGCCUGUUCCAUCUGAAGUUGUAGCUCAGCUGGUUGCCCUACAAGACAGAUACGCCGUAUUGGUCUUUAGAAAAACAGGAUUGACUAAUGCUAGCCACAUUUCUUUCUCUCAGCAGCUUGGAAAUGACUUGGAAAUUAAUCCAUUUUUCUAUGGCCGUGAGAAUGACCGUCUGGGAGAGCCACUGCUCUUCGAUGUAGGGAACAUCGAGUUGGACGGGUCCUUAGUGAAGCAGGACAGCCGCAGAUGGCAUCACAGUCUGGGGAAUGCUUUGUGGCAUACAGAUUCCUCAUAUCAUCAGCAAAGAUCCAAGUAUUCCAUUCUGCUUUCUCAUGGAAAUCCCGUUGCGGGAGGGUCUUGGACUCAUUUUGCCGAUACUCGGAGAGCCUAUGCAGACCUUCCUCAGAGCAAGAAAGACGAGAUUGAAGAUCUUGUUGUUGAGCAUGAUCUCUGGCAUUCCAGGAAGCUCGCGUCAUCAGAGGUCUUUAGCAACCCUCUCCCUCAUGAGCUAAAAGCAAAGCCACCGGCAUAUCAUCGGCUGGUUCAAGUGGCCCCUGAUGGACGCAAGACAUUAUACCUCGCUGCACAUGCAAAGAUGGUCUUGGGGAAAAACUUCGAAGAGAGCCAGAAAUUGAUUUGGGAACUUAUUGAUCACUGCACCCAACCCAAGUAUGUGUUUUCCAUGGAAUGGAAACAAGGCGGGGAUAUGGUUUGGUGGGAUAACCGACAAUCUAUGCAUCGCGCCAAUCCAUAUACUGAAGCGAUGACGGCUAGAGAUGUGCGGAGAUCUACCAUUCUUGAUGAUGGCGCUUUAGCAUACGGGGCAUCUACUAAAGAGAAAAUCGCUGCUGGAUGGUCACCUUAG